AGUGAGCAAGGAGGGGGGCGUGGCUUUAAACUCGGUUAAUCAUAAAAACACACGAUUAAACUUCGCUCUUCCCCACUCACACCCGGAGUCGCAAGACAGACUGAAGCGUCUCACAAACGAGGACUAAGACAACCCAGGCAAAAUGGUGAAAGUCGGUAUCAAUGGAUUUGGCCGCAUCGGUCGUCUGGUGACCCGUGCUGGUUUCACCUCCAAGAAGGUGGAGAUUGUGGCUAUAAAUGACCCUUUUAUUGACCUGGAGUACAUGGUCUACAUGUUCAAGUAUGACUCCACCCAUGGCCGCUUCAAGGGUGAGGUCAAGGUUGAGGGUGACAAGCUGGUCAUCGCUGGACAGAAAAUCACAGUUUUCCACGAGAGGGACCCCGCUAACAUCAAGUGGGGUGAGGCUGGUGCCCAGUACGUGGUUGAGUCCACUGGCGUGUUCACCACCAUCGAGAAGGCCUCUGCUCACUUGAAGGGUGGUGCCAAGAGAGUCAUCAUCUCUGCACCCAGUGCUGACGCUCCCAUGUUCGUCAUGGGCGUCAACCAUGAGCAGUACAACAAGUCCCUCCCGGUUGUCAGCAACGCUUCCUGCACAACCAACUGCCUGGCCCCCCUGGCCAAGGUCAUCAAUGACAACUUCGGCAUCAUUGAGGGCCUGAUGAGCACAGUUCAUGCCAUCACCGCCACUCAGAAGACUGUGGACGGUCCCUCUGGCAAGCUGUGGAGGGACGGCCGUGGUGCCAGCCAGAACAUCAUCCCAGCUUCUACUGGUGCAGCCAAAGCUGUUGGCAAGGUCAUCCCUGAGCUGAACGGGAAGCUGACCGGCAUGGCCUUCCGUGUCCCCACCCCCAAUGUGUCAGUGGUUGACUUGACGGUCCGUCUGCAGAAACCCGCCAAAUACGAUGACAUCAAGAAGGUUGUGAAGGCCGCAGCUGACGGACCCAUGAAGGGCAUUCUGGCAUACACAGAGGACCAGGUUGUCUCCACAGACUUCAACGGUGACUGUCACUCCUCCAUCUUUGAUGCUGGUGCCGGCAUUGCCCUCAACGACCACUUUGUCAAGCUGGUCUCAUGGUACGACAACGAGUUUGGAUACAGCAACCGUGUCUGCGACCUGAUGGCACACAUGGCUGCCAAGGAGUAAAGCGACCAGCCAAUCGACGUCACUGCACUGUCACAUCACCCCCAUUCUCCUUAUACCAGAUUCUUACAUUUAACAGUAAGACAUCAACCCCUGUUAGAUGCCUGAAGGAAAAGUCCCACAAAGAACAAAAAAGAUUUAAAUUGGUGACCAAUUACUUUUUUGUAUUAACUUCCUGUUCUGUUCUUGUGUGAUGGAGUUGAAGGUGUGAGAGUCUGUCUGUAGUACUGAAGUACUGCAGUCCGUGAAAUAAAGUCCUGUUUGUGAGA